AUGGAUAAGAUAUUGCUAAUACUAUUAUCCCUAUUGGUAGGAUUUAUAAUUCUUCUAAUACAGUUCUUCUUCCAAUCGGGUGGAUUAAAGGCUAUAAAGUUGGCCAAUACAUCGCCAUAUUAUAGACCAACAUUUUUGAUCUGUGGUCCUAACAAUGCAGGAAAAACGGCGCUUUUUUAUAAACUAAUUUCAAAUGGAGAAGUUGUAACCACAGUAUCAUCUAUUGAACCUAAUUUUGCCGAUAUUUCCCUCCCUAUAGCAUCGCCCCAAGUAGGGAAGAAAUAUCAACUAAUUGAUUAUCCGGGCCACUUGAAAUAUUGGAAUUUGUUUGAAAAAUUGAUUUUACAAGAUAUCACUUUACCACAAAUCAAGGGAGUUUGCGUUGUUUUAGAUUCAAGUAGUCCCAAUUGGUCAAAGGAUAGUUUACAGGUUGAAAAGAUUAGUAAAUUUUUGUUCAAUUUAUUAGCCAUAACCGAGAGGAAACAGAAUGGAGUUGACUAUUUGUUUGCCGUUAAUAAAAGCGAUUUGUUCGACUCUUUACCAGUGCACAAGAUCCGUUCGAUUUUAGAGGUGGAGAUCAACAGGUUAAUUGAAAAUGAGAUCAGCAGUACUGAGAAGACCUCGGGGAUCGAUAUAUCCAAUGAUGAUGAAAACGAGGGAGAUAAUAUGAGCGGAAUGGGGUCUGGGUCUGUAUCACAUAGAGAAAAUUUGAGAGAGUUUUGGCUAGGUGUUAUUGGAUCAGCUAAAGAUGCUACUUUUACAUUUGAUAAACUAGAAGGCAAUAUGGAUUUCUUGAAUGGAAGUGUAUUAAAGGAUAAGAUUGAGAAAUGGGAGGAUUGGUUAGAUGAAAAAGUUGUCAACCCAUAA